AGAAGAAAUCUGUCAAAGUCAUAAUAAUGGGGGCGCGGACGGAGUGUGUAUAGUAUACAAAUAUAUUUUUUUAUACAUAAAUUGAAAAAUGGAAAAACAAAAUUUACAUCAAUUUGCACCAAAUCUGCACAAAAAGUAUUUGUUAUUUAUAUUAAAUGGUAAAUUGCCUUCGUCCCAGAGCUCAAUGGACACAAAUAGGUCAGUACUUAUGUAUUUUGCUGUAUCCGGUUUAGAUAUUCUAGGAGAAAUACAUAAUAUCCCUAAAGAACGUCGAAAGUCAAUUAUAGAUUGGAUUUAUUCAUUACAAGUAGUGAAUGAAGAAGAAUUGGUUAGUGGGUUCCAAGGAUCGACAACUUUGAAUACAGCAGGGAACAACACUAUUUACAAAUGGGCUCAUAUAGCAAAUACUUAUUCUUGUUUAGUGACCCUUUUGAUUCUUGGAGAUGAUUUGAAAAGGGUUAAUAAACAAGCUAUUUUGGACAGUUUAAAAACACUACAGCAGCCCGAUGGCUCAUUUAAGGGCGCUAAAGAGGGGGUAGAAAGUGAUAUGAGGUUCGUGUAUUGUGCUGCUUCCAUCUGCUACAUCUUGGACGACUGGAGUUGUAUAAACAUGGAAUCAAUGAUUGAAUUCAUUUUAAAUAGCAUAUCAUACGAUGGAGGAAUUGGUCAAGGUCCCGAACUAGAAUCACAUUGCGGUUCGACUUUUUGUGCUGUUGCCAGUUUAGCGUUAAGCAAAAACUUGGAUAGACUGACAAAAGCACAAUUCGUAGCUUUGAGACGAUGGUUACUAUAUAGAUUCGACGGAGGUUUCAACGGCCGCCCUAAUAAACCCAUCGAUACGUGCUAUUCGUUUUGGACUGGUGGGGCGUUGAAGAUUUUAGAUGCUUAUGAAUUUAUCCAGAACGAAAAUAACGAUCAGUAUGUUUUGAUGACUCAGGAUAGAUACGGUGGGUUUUCUAAGUGGGUUAAUGUGGUUCCGGAUCCCAUGCACACCUAUCUCGGUUUGGCUGGAUUGAGUCUCAUGGGAUUCGGGGGGUUGACAGAAAUGUAUUGUGAAUUGAAUAUAACUACUAGAACUUUUGAUCAUUUGAUAGAUAUACAAGGGACAAUAAAGUAAUUUUUCAAU